AUGCCUAAUGGUACUACUCGGUCAGCCUACACCGAAGCCGAGGAUGCUCAUCUCGUCGAGUUCAUGGCCAGGUUUGGUUCUGAUAAGGGAAGAAAAGGGAAGAAACUCUACCAAGAUAUGGUGGAAAAUUUGACCGGGCAAAGUGCAUGGGCUGCAACCCACUCAUGGCAGUCUUGGAGGGACAGAUACGUUAAAAAUUCGGAUUAUUUUGACAAGCGAAUUCGAAUAUUCCAGAAGAAAAAUGGCCUCUGGAAACCCGGAGGUAUCGAAGGUGCCGAGAAGGAGGUGAAGCAGGACGAAGGCAAGAAAAGGAAGAGGGUGUCCAACGCUUCCCAGGAAGACGCGGCCACCGUUAAGAAGCCAAAGGUGAUGAAAAAAGCUGAUAAUAAAGGAAAGGGAAAAGAAGUUAGCAUCGAUGAAGACCCGGAACUGCAUCUGUUUGUAGCUUUCAGCAAGAUACCUCGGAGACGAGAAAAUGUAGAUGUCGACCAGGGCAAGGGUGGUGGUCGUCAUCCAGUACCGUCGACUUCUACGGCGGGUGCCUCCUUGAAGCGUAGCCCUCGUCAGGUCUCUCACGUAAAGUCGGUCGACGGCAGGCCAGCGUCCAAUAAACGAAUCUCGGCUCAAGAGGUCAAAGCCUCGACUUCUCGAGCCACUCGUCAGCAAAUCAAAUCAACCACAACCAUCGAGUCAAGUCAAGCCGUAGGGAAGGAAGGAAAAGACAGCAACCAACGAAUACUAGAGGCCACACCCAUACCCAUUCCCAAGUCAUCCUCGCCUGCCCACCCCGCUGAGAACAAGGAUGCCAGCCUCGAAGUUGAAGCUCGUCUCGGCAGUGAAUCACCGCUUUUCACGCAACACGUGAAGCAUGUCCCCGAUUCGCCUCUGUUCACGCAACGUGCAAGAGAUGAUGAUUUGGGGGAAGAUGUGUUAGGACGCGGGUCUGACGAGGAGGAUGAUUCAAUGGUCAAUCAUCUCCUCGCAGUCCCCCCUGAAGCGAAGGUAGACGACGAACGCGUGGUUCCGAAAAAACCAGACGACAGAGAGUCGGAUGAAGAAGAGGAGCUUCAUCCACUUCUUCAGUCUUCAGAGCCGGCCUCUUCUAAUUCGAAACCUUCGCACAACAAGAUCCCGCGUGACAACCGAUCGACCUCGACGACACAAGCAGAAGAUGACCCACAACCGAAAGUGAAAUCUAAACAACCUAUUAAGUAUCUGGAAGGGCCCUACAGGAUACAACUCGUAGGGCCGAAUCCUCCAAAGGCUGGCCCCGAUCCCAAUUCAGAUGCUGCUGAAGACUUGAUCCCUCAGGUCGGUGGCAAAACACGCAUUAAGAAACCACCGCCAACCCAAGCUAAACAUUCGACUUCCAAGCCCGUACGAAAACGGGUAAUUGUCGACGGGUCAAGUCAUAGCUCGUCUACCUCUUCUCCCGCAUCAACCCCCACGCCUCCCAGGGAGCGGCCGAAAUCACUGCGUCUUGCCAACUCCAGGAAGGUCGUGCUGAGUUCGGACGGCGAGGUCGAUAUGAAGCUUUCAGGGCAUGGCGAGAAUGCCGACAUCCAGGUCGAGGCUCCUACCUACGAACGACAUGCGCGUGUAGUACAGAAAUCUGAAGCUGAAACUGACGAAGAGGAAGAAGAGGAAGAAAGUGCGACUGAAGUCGAGCAUGCCGAUGAAGUUCAUCCGUUUGAUACAGUGUCUCAACCCCCCAGAACUCCGAGGUUUACUCGACAUCCCUUUGAUAUGCCUCAAAGUCAAAUGCUCUCUCAUUCUUCCAUUCGUUCUCAUGUCAGCGAACGCGAUAUGGAAAGGGUUAUCGAGACUCUGGAGAAGUUUAUCUGGAAGUUGGAUACGGACCGCAGAGAGAGGCUUUUGGAGCGGCCAUUUAGGUUAUCGGAAAAGGCAGAAACGACUGGACGCGCGGAAGCGGGCGAUGAGGAGAAUACUGGUGAACAAGAGGAGGAAGAGGAGGAGGGGGCAGAAAAAAUUGACGAUGACGCCAUGGUCCUUGAUGAGGACGAUCAAAGGUUGCAGCAAAAGUUGUUUGCCACAGUUCCUAAAGGCAAAGAACGAGAGCAUGCUGCCAAUCUUCGGGAACGAGGCUCACCGCUUCCUGUACGGAAUCACAGAAUUGUCAAGAAACCAAUUUUGCAGCCAGAAAGCGCGGAACCUGAAGUAGUUCGGCAAUCCAGUGCUGACUUGCCACCUUCAUCUCCACCACCGAUUCAAAUUGGCGAAGGUAGCGAUCGAGAUGAGCCCAUGAGUGUUGAAGAGGUUCAAGACGGGACAGCACGCAGCGUUUCGCCUGAUAAACGUGCGCCAGAAUCAUUCGCCUCCCCGCCAAAUCAGAUCGAACAAGCUGAACCUAUCGCGGUAGAAGGCGAGACACAGAUGACUCAUGAUAGCCUCUUCUCAUCGUCUGAGACGUCUGAAACUCAACCACAGUUCCCUCAAGCGGCGGAUAAAGGGAAGGCUAGGGCCACGGCUCUUCCCGUCCCUUCAGAUGAAGAAGAUGCAAGACAUCGUCGCCACACAAUUGCCAUGGUGAACGGGGAAAACAAACUACAAGAAUUGGAUCUUCGACGACUCAUUCGAGCUCGCAGACGUUCUCUUCCCAGCCGUUCAUCAAUAAGCGCAGUUUCGCACGGACAUUCUGUAGGAGAGUGGGCUCCAUCUUCGUCGACCAGAAGAACGUUCGACCUCGGGAAACCGCUCAGGAUGAGAUUGUCCGAGGUCGACCAGACGAAGCUGAUAGAGAUGAACGUUGAACGUAUGGUCUUGCAGUACGGUUUUCCUGAAUCCUUUGUGUACGGGAUAUGGAACGAUUGUGGUAGUCUCGAUGAAGCCGAGUGUAUACUCUCGGAAUUAGGCUCAAAGUUGGAGGAUUUGUUGGACAGAUCGAGGAGGAGAAGGUCUUCGGUUGGCCUUGACGUGAACCUCCCCCUGUCAAGAACGGUUACACCUCAGGACACGACUAGGGAAUCAGACUUGGAAAUUAAGGAGAUGCCGUCUAUCGCACAAAUUCGAGGGCUAUCAACGUCCCCUAUUCGACCAACACAAUCCAAACGGAACAGUCCGCAGUUCAAGCCAACUUUGAUUGAUGCCGAUGAGAUCCCUGAAUCGGAUUAUAGUCCUCCGGUAGCUUCCAGAGCGGGAAAGUUUAGGCGACUUUCCAGACAGGGUCGCGUUCAGGAAGCUUUGGAACGCGAGUCAAGGCGAGCAAGUGGAGGGAUUUUGAAGGGUAACAAAUCUUGA